AUGAGGCAGGAGCCCCGAGCGGAAAAGGGUGUGCGCGCCACGCGGCUGAAAUUCAAGCGACAGUCGAAACGAAGGCAUAUAGAGCACGAGGACUUUACUGAUCCUUCGAGACCUGCACCAGAAUCACCCCCGCCUCCCAAAAAACAGGUGGACCCUGACCCUCGGCCGCAUUACGAGUACGGGCCUUCGAUAAAUGGGUACCGUUUUGUCACGCCAAACCCGGAUCAACGGCCGUUCCCAAAUCUGAACUACCACCGUCAUAUCAACGGAUACGCCGCGGAGCUACCAGAGCUGCCGCAGAAAGAAGACCCAUACAGAGUCCGCAGAAAUGAUUACGAAGAGUACGUCAAACGGUGGCAGACCGUUGAUCUGGAACACGAGUUGCCGCCUAUGCCAGUUUUUGGCGGAGAGGUGAGUCUUCAGAGCGUGAGCCAGUUUAUCCCCCAAAACCAGCUUCGAAUAGAAAGGAUCCGAUGGCACCCUGAUAAAAUCCUCCGUCGUGUCAGCGAGAGCAGACGACCUGUUCUGGCCGAGAUGGUGACCCGCACAUUCCAAGUUAUCAACGAGUUGUACGAGAACGCAUCCAAAUAA